UUUUAAGGCCUUAAAUAUGACGAAAUUAACACGUUUAAUUAGAUAAAUGAAGCCUUUGCUUCCAUUUAGUACUAUUUUAUCCAGAGAAAGACAUUUUGGAUUUUCCCCAUAUUCAGGACGAGAUAUUUCUAGGGAGGAGAGAUAUCGCAGAGUAUGUGAUUUAAGCGGGGAGAAAAGGGUUAAUAGAGGAGGGAUAUAUGGGUGUGAAUAUGUAGGAGACGAUUAUUUAAAGGAACGAAGGGAUUAUAUUGAAUAUUAUCAAAGAAAGAAGGAAAUUGAUAGAAAACGAGAGGAAUUAACGCCAGGAAGCCUUUUUAAUGAGGUUAUUACUAAUGCUAUUGAAGAAGGAGAGGAGGUUAUUCAGUUAUCAGGGUGUAAUAUAGUAGAAAUUCCGGAAAAUAUAAAAGAAUUAACAAGUCUUGUUAGACGGUUAGAUCCGGAAAAUGAGGAGCCAUUAGUUCCUCGUCUUAAGAUAUUUUUAUCAGGAAAUAUGAUUUAUAAGCUUCCCAGUGGUCUUUUUGAUCUUUAUACACUUACAGUUUUAUCACUUAGAAAUAAUAAAUUAGAAAAGAUACCCCCAUCUAUUGGUCGUUUGGUGAAUUUAGUUGAGUUAAAUUUAGGACAAAAUAAGCUUACAUAUUUUCCGUCGACAUUACUUUUUCUUAAAAAAUUGCAGAUUUUAUCAAUAUCACCUAAUCCUUUACGAGAAUGUCCGAUUGAAUAUUCAUCACAAACAUCUUUUCAAUCACUUACAUCACCCGUUCUUCGUUAUUCAUGUGUAGACGUAAUAAAAACGGAAUCAAAUGUUCCGAAAUUACUUGAACUUAGUGCUAGAGUAAUUGCAACUUCAUUAAUUUCAGAAUCAGAUAUUCAAAAAUGGGAAACGAAAUUUUGUUUUACUCCAAUGAUUAAAAAAGCAUAUGAAGCUGGAAAAUAUCAUAUAUCAUGUGAAAUAUGUCAGAAACCUAUGGUGAAUUCAGAUAUAGAUGUAUUUGAAUGGUGGGAUGGUUUCGUAGGUACAUGUUCACUUCCAAUAAAAAGAAAAAUAUGUAGUUUAUUAUGUUUUAAAAAUAUUUCACGAGUUGAAACACCGUCUUUGUCAAAUGAGUCUUAAAUUUUGUAAAUAUAUGUUUUUGUUUUUUUUUUAAAUAUAUAAUUUA